GUUAUUAUUCUGAAGAAAUUCAUUUCAUUGCAGUUCUUCCACUGAUGCUGGUUAAAAUCCUACACGAUCUGAUUUUCACUUCACUUUUCUUUUUCUGUCCAUGUAAAAUGUUACAGGUUUGUUAAUAAAAAGAGAUAAAGCAUGAAGAACAAUCUACGGAUUGCAUACAGCAAUGGCAGGGAACGCUCUAAAAAGGUUGCAAAGAAAAUGCAGUGUUCUAGUUUUUUCCCCCACCAAAAUGGGUCCGCAUUCAUGAAUAAACACAGUUUCUGUAAUUCUCCUGCUACAUGUUAAGUGCUAAUCUUCUUAACCAUCUUCACUUAUAAUUAAUGGGUAUUUUGAAAAUUUUCAUACACAAUAAGACAUCAACAGCGCCUCGAUGCUAAUUUUCUCAGUCAUUUUCAGUAGUAUUUUGGGGCUGGUUAAUACUUGUCAUUAUUCUGCUUUGCCUGUGCAUGGAUGGAUGGUGGUGUUAUUCCAAGGCUUCAAAUAAUUGCUGCCAGAGGGGUUACUGAAUCUUUUUCUGUUCAUUUCUGGCCUUCUAAUUGUUUCAGGAUUCUGAUACUCUUCCUCUCUUUGGAAGCUGUUCUGUUGUACAGGAUGUUGUCAGCUAAAAUGGUUUCGAAUGAUUCAUCUUCUCUUGGAGUAAUUUUAUUAUUCUAUUGUGUUUUCCAGGGAAAGAGUCCUGUUGCAGAAAGGGAUGCGCACAUCAAUUGUGAAGUUCUCCAUGCACCUCUGCUAGGUUAUGAAGCCAAUGACACUAGUAACAUCAGUUCAGAUGACAAUGUUACUCCAUUUUCCAAAGCUGGUUUAUUCAGCACAAUCUCAUUUUGGUGGCUGAAUCCAUUAAUGAAGAAGGGCAAGAAGAAAAUCCUAGAAGAUGAAGACAUUCCUCAGUUACGGCCCGCUGAUCAAGCACGAACGUGCUACUUAUUGUACUUGGAGCAACUGAGCAAAUGGAAAGAAAAAGGAUCGUCUGAUCCCCCUUCAAUGUGGUCAAUACUCUAUUUCUGCUUCCAGAAAGAAAUUGUCAUUUCUGGACUAUUUGCAUUGAUCAAGGUAUUAUCAGUAUCCGCUGGUCCUUUGCUUCUUAACGCCUUCAUUAAUGUUGCGGAACGCAAAAAUGGGUUUAAGUAUGAAGGUUAUGUGCUGACAAUGGCGUUGUUUUUAGCAAAAUGUUUAGAAUCACUGUCAGAAAGGCAAUGGUACUUCAGAACCAGACUAAUUGGUGUUCAACUAAGAUCUAUGUUGUCUGCAGCUAUUUAUCAGAAGCAACUACGUCUGUCCAAUGAUGCUAAGAUGACCCAUUCUCCUGGAGAAAUUGUUAACUAUAUGACAAUAUAUGCUUUUAAAUUAGGAGAGUUCCCAUAUUGGUUCCAUCAAAUAUGGACAACAUGCCUUGAACUCUGUCUUGCAUUAGUUAUUGUCUAUUAUUCUGUGGGGCUGGCAACUGUAUCAGCUUUAACUGCCAUCAUAUUGACUGUGCUUGUAAGUUCUCCAUUGGCCAAGUUACAGCACCAGUAUCAGACAAAGCUCCAGGACCAACAAGAUACGAGAUUAAAGGCCAUUGCGGAGGCACUUGCAAAUAUGAAGGUCUUGAAAUUGUAUGCUUGGGAAGCACAUUUCAGAAAAGUCAUAGAAGGAUUAAGGAUGGAAGAAUUAAGGACACUAUCAGUUGUUUUGUUUCAAAGAGGGUGCCAUAUGGUUUUGUUCUGGUCAUCUCCCAUAUUAGUGACAGUAGUUACCUUUUGGUCAUGUUAUUUCCUUGGGGUUCCACUCUAUGCUAGCAAUGUCUUCACGUUUCUAGCAAGUUUGCGGAUUGUUCAGGAGCCAAUUAGGAUGAUCCCUGAUGUUGCAACAAUGUUCAUUGAAGCAAAUGCUUCAUUAGAUCGGAUUACGAAGUUUCUUGAAGCACCAGAGCUGCAAAACAAAAAUAGCAGGGAAACGUACAGUGAGACAGAGCACAACCUGUCCAUUGUUGUCAGGUGUACUGAAAUUUCGUGGGCUGCUGAUUCCUCAUCAAAGGCUGCUUUAAAGAAUAUAGACUUGUUGGUUAAAGCAGGAGAAAAGGUAGCUAUCUGUGGAGAGGUUGGCUGCGGAAAAUCAACACUUUUAGCAGCUGUUCUCGGAGAAGUUCCACGAAUCAAUGGCAUAGUUUAUAAGCAUGGAAAAAUUGCUUAUGUUUCCCAGACUGCAUGGAUUCAGACUGGGACCAUUCAAGAAAACAUUCUGUUUGGGUCUGUCAUGGAUCAAGUGAGAUAUGAAGAGGUGCUUAAUUGUUGCUCCUUGUUAAAGGACCUUGACAUGCUUCCAUUUGGGGACCUCACUGAAAUAGGAGAAAGAGGUGUUAACCUGAGCGGGGGACAAAAGCAGCGGGUUCAACUUGCGCGUGCACUGUAUAAGAACGCAGAUAUUUAUCUCUUGGAUGAUCCCUUUAGUGCUGUAGAUGCACAUACUGCGGCUAGCUUAUUUAAUGAGUAUGUUAUGAGAGGUCUGUCAGGGAAGACAGUUUUACUUGUAACUCACCAAGUUGACUUCCUUCCAGCAUUUAAUUCUAUUUUGUUGAUGUCUGCAGGGGAAAUCUUGAGAGCUGCUGCUUUUGAUGAGCUGCUGGAAACUUGUCAAGAAUUCCAAGAGCUUGUCAACGCACACAAUAACACUGUUGGUUCUGAAAGGAAUAUGGAGCAUGCUCGUAGCAGAAAAACAAGAGAUUCCAAAGAAGAGAUUCAAGAGAUUUAUCUCAGGGAAAAAUCAACAGCACCUUCAGGAGAUCAACUGAUUAGACAAGAAGAAAGAGAAAGAGGCGAUGCAGGUUUCAAGACCUAUGUGCAGUAUUUGAAUCACGGGAAGGCAUUUUUGUACUGCUUCUUCACAGUUCUGCUCCAUUUCUUAUUCAUAGUUGGGCAAUUGAUACAAACCUAUUCCUUGGCUGCUGACAUCCAGAAUCCUCAUGUAGGCAAAGUGGAAUUAUUCACACUCUACUCUGUGAUAGGGUGUAUCUUGGCGUUCUUUUUGAUCUUUAGGUGCCUCUCCCUUGUUAAAUUAGGCUACGAAGCCUCAGAGUCUAUUUCUUCUAAACUGCUGAAGUCUCUUUUCCGAGCUCCAAUGUCCUUCUAUGACUCGACACCUCUGGGAAGGAUACUUACUAGGGUAUCUUCUGAUUUAAAUGUCAUUGACCUGGAGGUGGCAUUCAAAUUAAUAGUAGCUAUUGGGUCAGCUUUGAAUGCGUACUCCAGCCUUGCGCUAUUGGCUGUUCUUACCUGGCCAGUCUUGUUUCUCAUCGUCCCCUUAGUUUAUCUAACUAUCGCCUUACAGAAAUAUUACUUCAGUACCGCGACAGAGUUGAUGCGAAUCAAUGGCACAACUAAGUCUUUGGUUGUGAACCACCUUGCUGAAUCCAUUGCUGGAGCCAUGACGAUAAGAGCUUUUGGUGAGGAAGAUAGAUUCUUUUCAAAGAAUCUGGACCUUAUUGACGCAAAUGCCAGUCCAUAUUUCCAUAGCUUUGCAGCAAAUGAGUGGUUAAUCCAGCGUCUGGAAAUACCAUGCAUAAUUGUUCUCUCGGCCUCAGCACUUGCCAUGACUUUGCUUCCCCUAGGAGCUUCUGCAGGAGGGUUUGUUGGAAUGGCAUUAUCGUAUGGUCUUGCAAUAAAUGUCUUUCUCAUCCUCUCUGUCCAAUACCAGUGCUUUGUAGCAGAAUCAAAUGUUUCUGUAGAAAGACUAGAACAGUUCAUGCAUAUUCCAAGUGAAGCUCCAGAAGCAAUAGAAACCAACCGACCCUUGCACAACUGGCCAAGUGUUGGUGAAGUGGAGAUUCGCAAUUUGAAGGUGAGAUAUCAACCCAAUGCUCCAUUUGUUCUCCAAGGGAUAAGCUGCUUCAUUGAAGGAGGACACAAAAUCGGGAUCGUUGGUCGGACUGGUAGUGGAAAGACAACACUUAUUAGUAGUUUGUUUCGAUUGGUGGAACCAACAGAGGGGAAAAUCAUUAUAGAUGGCCUUAACAUCUCCACAAUUGGUCUUCAUGAUCUUAGAUCCCAUCUUGGCAUCAUUCCACAAGAUCCAACACUUUUUAGCGGGACUGUGAGAUACAACCUGGACCCUCUAUCAGAACAUACUGAUAUAGAAAUAUGGGAGGUUCUUGAAAAAUGUCAGCUCCGAGAGGCCAUUCAGCAGAAAGAAGAGAGCCUAAAUGCUUUAGUGGCACAAGAUGGAUCAAACUGGAGCAUGGGACAGCGGCAAUUAUUCUGUCUCGGACGUGCAUUAUUGAAGCGGAGCAAGAUAUUAGUCCUAGACGAAGCCACUGCAUCAAUCGAUAACGCAACAGACGCCAUCCUCCAGAAAACUAUACGCACAGAAUUCGCAGACUGCACUGUAAUAACCGUGGCUCACAGGAUACCUACCGUGAUGGACUGCACCAAGGUGCUUGCCAUUAGUGAUGGGAAGAUGGUAGAGUAUGACGAGCCAGGGAAGCUGAUGAAUAAAGAAGGAUCACUAUUUGGGCAGCUGGUGAAAGAAUAUUGGUCUGGUGCUCCAGGCAUUGAUGACUAGCAGUAUUUUUGUGAAGAUCCAUCAGGAUUUGAAAGUGGAAUGGACUAGAAGUUUUUAAGUCAGCAUGUUGCCUUGAAUGCUUUAUUUAAUGAUGUGUUCCAUUUUUCUUCAUGUUUAAUUGAUUACUGCUAUGCAAUUAAUGAACUAGCACGGAUGUCACUAUUUAUAGUAACCGUGAAGGUGCCCUUUAGCUCCUUAAUUUA